AUGGAGGACGCUAAAGAUUUCAAAGAACAUGGUCCUCCUGAAUCUUCUUUUGGACCAAUAUUAUCCUAUCCAGACAAGGAUCAAUCACCUAAUGCUUCUCCAACAAACCAAGAUGGCAAGAUGCUAAUGGAGAAGUGGAAUCUAACACUCGGGAGGGGCCACUGUAGUUUAAAAUCGGUGAAAGAAGUACCAGUAGAGUUUCACGAAGAUAAAAAUUCAGCAGUUAUUUUGGAAUCCAUUUCAAUUGUAUUGGUAACAAAGCCCCUUGAUGCUUCACCAAAAUCUUUAGAUGGUGCUCAUGACAGACCUAAUGUUGGAGAAAAUGGUGUUUCUAAUAAGCCUCGAGUUGAGCAUGAGGCCUCAAUUGCAUUAGCUGAGGAUCAAUACACAAUUGGUCCAUCUCCAGAAGAUGAUAAUGUAAAUUUCUGUCAAGCGAGAAAGGAUACAGAUGCUACUCAUAUUACUGAAGUUUCUGUUAAUUCUGAUAUGAUACCAAAAUCUACUGAAUGGGAUAAACAGCUGGGAAAUAUUGACAUAAAUAGAGGUCAAAUCGACACAGCUGCGCCUUUUGAAUCUGUUAAGGCUGCUGUUUCAAAGUUUGGGGUAAUUCUUGAUUGGAAAGCCCACCAAGUGCAUACUAAGGAGAGACAAAAGUUCAUAGAACUAGAACUCGAGACAGCGAAGGAGGAGAUUCCAUUGUAUAAAAAACAAGCUGAGGUUGCUGAAUUGGCUAAAAUACAGGUUUUAAAAGAGCUAAGCAGUACUAAAAGACUCGUAGAAGAGUUGAAGCUUAAUCUGGAAAGAGCACAAACAGAAGCAAAACAAGAUUCUGAACUUGCAAAACUAAGGGUGGAAGAGAUGGAGCAAGGGAUUGCCGAUGAGGCUAGCAUUGCAGCCAGGGCACAGCUUGAGUUUGCUCGAGCCGGAAUGCAGCCGUGGCUUCAGAGCUUAAAACUGUUGGAGAAGAGCUGGAACAACUAA